GCGUUGGGCCCCCGUCGGCCGCCGCCGCCGCCGCCGCCGCCGCGGAAUAAUCUAGGCGGCAGCGGGCGGCCCCGGCUAGCGGCUACGAGCCCCUUCUGCGGCUGCGGAGUAGAGCGAAGGUCGCCGGUCUCGUGUCGUCCUCCUCUCCGCCCCCCAGGAGGGGCGAGAGGGAGUUGCAGCUGAUGUCAGAAAUACACUUUCGGGAAAUGGCCUCUAAAUCUUGGCUGAAUUUUUUAAUCUUCCUCAGUGGAUCAGCAAUCGGAUUUGUUUUAUGUUCUCAGCUAUUUAGUAUUUUGUUGGGAGAACAGGGUGACACCCAGCCUACCAUUCUUCAUAAUGAUCCUCAUGCUGGGCAUUUGGAUGAUAAUGGACAGAAGCAUCUGAAAGGACAGAUGAACUUCAAUGCAGAUGCUGGCCAACAUAAAGAUGAGAACACAGACAUCCCUGAAAACCUCUAUAAGAAAGUUAAAAUUCUUUGCUGGAUUAUGACAGGACCUCAAAAUCUAGAGAAAAAAGCUAAACAUGUCAAAGCUACAUGGGCCCAGCGCUGUAAUAAAGUGUUGUUUAUGAGUUCAGAAGAAAAUAAAGACUUCCCUGCUGUGGGAUUAGAAACCAGAGAAGGCAGAGACCAGCUAUACUGGAAAACAAUUAAAGCUUUUCAGUAUGUUCAUGAUCACUAUCUAGAAGAUGCUGAUUGGUUUAUGAAAGCCGAUGAUGAUACUUAUGUUAUAUUAGAUAAUUUGAGAUGGCUUCUCUCAAAACACAACCCUGAAGAACCCAUUUACUUUGGGAGAAGAUUUAAGCCCUAUGUAAAGCAGGGCUACAUGAGUGGAGGAGCAGGAUAUGUACUGAGCAAAGAAGCUUUGAAGAGAUUUGUUGAUGCGUUUAAAACAGAGAAAUGUACACACAGUUCCUCCAUCGAAGAUUUAGCACUGGGGAGAUGCAUGGAAAUUAUAAAUGUAGAAGCGGGAGAUUCCAGAGAUACCAUUGGAAAAGAAACUUUUCAUCCCUUUGUACCAGAACACCACUUAAUCAAGGGUUUUCUACCUAAAACAUUUUGGUACUGGAAUUAUAACUAUUAUCCUCCUAUAGAGGGUCCUGGUUGCUGUUCUGAUCUUGCAGUUUCUUUUCACUAUGUUGAUCCUACAACUAUGUAUGAAUUAGAAUACCUCGUUUAUCAUCUUCGUCCAUAUGGAUAUUUAUACAGAUAUCAACCUGCCUUACCUGAGAAUAUACUAAAGGAAAGAAGUCGAGCAUACAAAAAUGAAAAUAUAAAAGUAAAAUUGAGAAAAGUUGAAAGAAAAACAAAUGAACAGAGGUCAAAUGUCUAGCAUUGCACUGAAGAAGAACUACAUUUCUGAUAUAGAAACUGGAAUCCCAUUGAAGAAUUCUUUCUAAGUGAACAUUCCAUAUUAGAAAUCUUCAUAAGAAUGACUAUAAACUGAAGCUUUAAUGAGCUGUGAAGUCUGUUCAAAUGUGUUUUGAUACAUUAAUAUAUAUAUGAAAACUUAUGUUUUUAUAAUGUUGGCCAGGCAGAGGGACUAGAAAAGAGAUUUUGUUGCCUGUUUCACAGUUAAAUGUGCUAAAACUACACUGCACCAUAUUAGUAACAUACACAUGAUGCUAAACAUAUCUGCCUUAAAAUUUUAGAAGGAAGUAUUGUUGUUCAGUCUUGUUUAUAAACUCAAGACAUGAAAUUAUAUUUGCAGUAUGGUAUAAAUGAACCCCCCCUCAAAAAAAAUAAACACACACACAAACCCGUGUGCAGUUUUGGCUAAUCUAAAUUUUGCUGUGACUAUUUAAAAUUGGCAAUAUUUCUUUCAGAAGAAGUUAGAAUAGGAAUGGCACUCAUCCUAACAUACAUUAAUAAAACCACAUUUUGAAAUGAUCGUGGGCCUUGACUGUAAUAUAUAUAUACUUGGUUCUAAUAAUCUUUUAUAGGCAUACCUCAUUUUAUUGUGCUUUGCUUUAU